CAUUCGCAUCCAUGUAUACCUCUGCUGAAGUAUAGAUCACGCCUUCUUUCUUCUUGGAACCUCUCAGUAUAUACCCUGCUCGGCAUACUAUGACGACACAUCACACCUAUGUUGCCAUCCAUGUGUUCCUGACCGUACUGGCUACAGCGUUCGUGGUAGCCCGCUUCGCUGCAAAGUGCAUCACAGCCAAUCAAAUCAACCUCACAAGUGACGACGCCUUGUUGGCAGCCGCCUUACUGCUCAUGUAUACGCUCUUCGCUGGCGCAAUCUUGGCGAUCACGCUAGGAAAUGCUGGCGAGCACGCGUACGCUUUGACGAACUCGCAGCUGGAGGUCACGGCUAUGGUUUUUUGGAUAUGCCAGUUCCCGCAUGCCGUUGCCUUGACACUGGUCAGAUGGGCCCUUAUUGUUUUCCUCAUCCGGUGCUUCUUAACCCGAGUCACCUUGUCUCGUCUGCGAUCAACGGCGUACAGCUGUCUUGGCUUCAGUAUGGCUUAGUUGGUCACUGUCCUUCUUGUCUAUCUCCUGCAUUGUCGACCACUUCGGUAUAUCUGGACAUAUCCGUUCGAGGACCCGAGGUAUUGCUACGCAAAAACGGUGAAGCCGUUUGAGAUUGUUAAGGUCGCAUGGGGCAUGAUUAUUGACGCUGUCAUCUGGUCGCUUCCACAUUUCGUGGUUUG